AUGUCAGAUACAGAACCGACCGAUGAGGUAGAAAUUAAGAAGUUUGAAAACAACCUAAAGGCAAUGAAUGCACUUAAUAGUGCACUGACAAACACGGAGCUUGCAAAGGUCAUGGAUUGCAAGACAGCCAAGCAACUGUGGGACAGGCUUAAGGUUAUUGAAGAUCAUGAUGAUAUAGACAACUUGGCAUUAGAUGUUUUACAAGGAAAGCUGAAGGCUUAUGAGAUGAGAACUGGGAAAGGAAAAGGCAAAGUUGAAGAUAAAGAACUUGCUUUUAAAGUAAUGAAGAAUAUGAGAAUUGAGGAAAAUUCUGAUAUUGAGUUAGAUAGUGAUGAUGAGGCUGAAGCAAACUUUGUUAGAAAGCUCACCAGAGGAAAAGGUAAGUAUCAAGGUAAGGUUCCUUUCAAGUGCUUUAGAUGUGGUGAUAUUGGUCACUAUGCUACCUCUUGUCCUCAAAAGAAGAAUUUCAAAGGCAAUGGUGAUGAAGACAACAACAACAACAAAGAAAAAUUCAAUGGGAAGAAAAAGUUCACUAAGAGAAGAUUCCCCAAGAAGAAGGUUUUUAUCUCCAAGGAGAGUGAUGACUCCUCAUCUGAUUCAAAGAUUGAUGAAGAUUCAGACAGUGAUAUCAGUGAGUGUCUAUUCAUGGCUUAUGAAAUCAAUAAGGAUGAAAAUCAGCCUUCUGAAGAGACAGAGAAAAUGAAAGCUAUAGUGGAUCUUCAGGGUGAGUUAGAAGAGGCUCUUGAGAAGCUUGAUACUGAGAAGAAAAAGAAUAAGAAGCUGGUCAAGGUCUGUAUGAAACAAGAAAAAGAAUUGGAGAGUUUGAAGGAUAGCCAAACAACUUUGAAUGAUCUUGAGACUCAACUUGCAUUCAAGGUUACUCACUGCAACAAGCUUGCUCAAGAAAAUGAGGUUCUUCAAAGCCAAAUCAAAGAGUAUGAAGACAAAAUCAACAAUUAUGAGCUGAUGUGGGUUGAACUUAGUGAGUUGAAACAGAAAGUUAAAAAAUUUGAUGAGAAUGGAGUAUCUCAAGAUAUUCAGUUCACUCAAUCUCAACCAAAUGAGUCAAGUCAGAUUCUUGAGAAGAUCAUCAAUAAUCAGAGACCAGCUAGCAUGAAAUCAAGUUUGGGGUAUGUUCAUAUGGAAUCAUCUGGGAAUAAUGAGCAACUUACCAAAAACUUGAAGAAGAUGGAUUUUGUGAAAGAAAGCAAUUCUACUGAUGCAAGAGGAAAAGCUUCCCAUGCAAGAACCACUUGCAAGUUCAACUCAAAGCAAGUGUUUUUCACUAGUAAGAACUCUUUUGCACCUUUGUUGCAAAAUGUGGUGUGUUACAAUUGUUGCAAUCAUGGUCGCAUUGCUAAGAAUUACAAACAGCCCAUCUAUUUCUCUCCCAUAAAGAAGUCAAGUCAAAAGAAGACUACAGCUGGUUCAGAUGUGAAAAAGCAAGUUAAGAAGGUUUGGGUUGAAAAAGUUUCAAGAGGAAAGUGUAUUAACUCUUUGUUUGUUCAAACUACUUUUAGAGCUCAAGACAAGGCUGUUCCAUGGAUCCUUGAUAGUGAUUGUUCAAGUCACAUGACUAGUGACAAGAACAAGUUUACAGAGCUUAACCAGUAUGAGGGAGGGUCUGUUAAGUUUGGAAACAGUGAGAGUGCCAAGAUAGUUGGCAAGGGCACAGUGCAUUUAGAUGAUGGGAAAGUGAGGACAUCUGAUAUUUUAUAUGUUUCAGGUUUGAAGCAUAAUCUUCUCAGCAUUAGUCAAAUGUGUGACAAGGGACACAAGAUAGCACAGGUGGAUCUUGCUUGGUUGGUCAAGAAGAAAGGAUUUGAGUUGACAACCUACUCAGAUGCAGAUUGGGUAGGUUGUGUCGAUGACAGGAAAAGCACUAGUAGAGGUGCAUUCUAUCUUGGAGAAAGUUUAGUCACAUGGCAUAGCAAAAAGCAAGACUCAGUUUCUCUUUCUAUAGUUGAGGCUGAGUACAUGGCAGCUACUUCUUGUUGCACUCAGAUACUCUGA